AUGACAGAUUCUACAAAUUUAUUAAAACCUGGUUAUUAUCAAACUGAAUUAGGAAGAACAACAUGGAAUAUUCCAAAAAAUUAUCAAAAUUUAACAUUAAUUGGUACAGGUGCAUAUGGCUGUGUAUGUUCUACUGAAUGUACUAUAACAAAAGAAAAAUAUGCAAUAAAAAAAAUUACAAGACCAUUUGAUAGUCCUAUACAUGCUAAUAGAACUCAUAGAGAAUUAAGAUUAUUAAGAUUAAUGAAUCAUGAAAAUGUUAUUAGUUUACAUGAUGUAUUUACUUCAACACCAACAUUUAGUAAAUUUAAUGAUAUUUAUCUAGUUACAUCACUUAUGGGAGCUGAUUUAUCAGACAUAUUAAAAAUUCAAAAAUUAUCAGACGAACAUGUUCAAUUUUUAGUUUAUCAAAUUUUACGUGCACUAAAAUAUAUACAUUCAGCUGGUAUUAUACAUAGAGAUUUAAAACCAUCAAAUAUAGCAGUAAAUGAAGAUUGUGAACUUAGAAUUCUUGAUUUUGGUUUAGCUAGACAUACAGAAUCAGAAAUGACGGGAUACGUUGCAACUCGUUGGUAUAGAGCACCAGAAAUUAUGUUAAAUUGGAUGCAUUAUUCACAAACAGUUGAUAUGUGGUCAGUUGGAUGUAUUAUGGCAGAAUUGAUUACUGGUAAAACACUUUUCCCUGGAAAUGAUCAUAUUGAUCAAUUACAACGAAUAAUGAGUGUUGUAGGAACACCAACAGAAGAAUUUUUAGAUAAAAUAUCAUCUGAAGAGGCUAAAAAUUAUAUAAGAAAUAUGAAAAAAAUGCCACGUAGAAAUUUUAAAGAAUUAUUUCAUGGUGCCAAUGAUUAUGCUGUAGAUUUUUUAGAAAAAGUUUUAAAUCUUGAUCCAGAUUAUAGAUUGACAGCAUCUGAAGCAUUAGAACAUCCAUACUUUGCUGAUUAUCAUGAUCCAAAAGAUGAACCAACAUCAGAACCAUUUGAAACAGAACUUGACGGUGACUUUUCUAUAGAUAAAUGGAAAAAAAUUAUUUGGAAUGAGAUUCAUGAUUUUCAACGUUCUAAAGAAGAAAAAGAAUUAAAAUUACAGAAUGAAAAUAAAAUAACGGAAGAUGAUGUAAUAAAUGGUGGUCAACCUGAACCAAAACAGUCAAAACUUGAUGAAACUGCAGUAAAACAAAAAAAAGAAGAGGAAAUUGAUAAAAAAGUUAUAACAAAUGAUGAUAUUAGAAAAUCAUUAUUAGAACAAGCGCAAAAAAAUGAAAAUGAUUCAAAUAAAAAUACACCUAAAAACAAUGACAAUGAAGAUGAAGAUGAAACUAAAAAAAUUGUUAAUAAAGAUAAUAUUAAAGAAAUUGAUGAAGAUGAUAAAAAAACAAACAAAGAAGAGAAAGACAAAAUAAUAAAUGAUGAUAACAAAAUAAAUAAGGUGACACUUGAUGAUGAUGCUACUCCAUAUAUAUCAAAUCCCAAAUCGCCUAUAAAUUUCAAAAAAUAA